CACUCGCCUGCACAGCAGACCAGUUGGGCGUCCUGCAGAGUAGCACCAGUCCAGCUCUCCAAACUAAUCCGUUCUCAGUUUAGCGAUGGGGAAUACAACGGGCAGCACUGUGGACGACCUGCAGGCCGUUGAAAUGCAUCUGUGGUAUAAGAAGUUCAUGACCGAGUGUCCAUCUGGUCAGCUCACGCUGCAUGAGUUCAAACAGUUCUUCGGGCUCAGAGGUCUGGAUCCAGAGGCCAAUGCCUACAUCGAGCAGAUGUUCCGCACGUUUGACAUGAACAAGGAUGGUUAUAUAGACUUCAUUGAGUAUGUGGCUGCUCUCAGUCUUGUAAUGAGAGGAAAGAUGGAGCACAAACUGCGCUGGUAUUUCAGACUUUAUGAUGUUGACGGCAAUGGCUGCAUAGACAGACACGAGCUCCUGAAUAUCAUAAAGGCCAUACGCGCCAUCAAUGGAAACGAGUCGCAGGAAGUGAGCGCUGAGGACUUCACAAACAGUGUGUUUGAUCGGAUCGACGUCAAUGGAGAUGGGGAGCUUUCACUGGAGGAGUUUGUAGCAGGGGCACGCAGUGAUGAAGACUUUAUGGAGGUGAUGAUGAAAAGUUUAGACCUCUCACACAUAGUGGCCAUGAUCCAUAACCGGAGACACAGCGUGUAACUAAGAGACUGUCCACGUUAAUAUAUGUCAUGUACAGUCUCCUGAUCAGAAAUCAAGAGCAACCACUUAUCAAACUUCACCUCCACUGUCUAAUUCUGAAAAACACAAACAUUUCAAAACAAAGACUGAGUUAAAGGGCCAAGAGAUUAAGUAGGUGUGGGACGUCCUACAUAUAAUAUACUGACUGUUUCCCAAAAAACAGCCUUCUUGCUAGAAAGUGGCUUCGUGGGAAAAGAAUCAGUAUGAAGUGGAUGUCCAUUUAGAGGGCUUUAUUUUCUUAUUACUUUAUUAGCACACAAAAAAGAAGAGUCUAUUAAUGUAUAUAAAUAAUAAGUGGUAGUUGACAAACACAUUCAUUCAAAAGUUUGUUGUCGGUAAGAUUUCACGGGCCUGACGUCUUUGAAAGAAGUCUUUUGUGCUCACUAAGGACACAUUUAUUUAUUGUGGAAACUGAAUUGUUUUCCCAACUAUUUUUGAGAAUAGUUUGUUCAAAAUGUCUUCGUCUUCAAAUUUGAUCAACUUGGAAUUUGAUUCCAAAAAUCUUACUGAUCCCAAUCUCUUGAACAAAAGUGUAUGUCAACUUUAAUGUUAUUUAUUUAUUUAUUUUUUAUGAAUGUUCAUGGGAAGGUGUAUAUUUUUGGUAUUGUAAAGGGUCACCAUUUUUAAUAAUUUGAUAUGUUUGCCAUUUUUACAGUAUUUUAGAGCAUUUUAAAAUGUGAUUUAGUGUCUAAGUUAAUAAAAGGUCGAGAAUAAAUGACCUCAUAUUAUCUGAAUAUUAAAGAAAGCAUUGAUUUAAAAUAGAUCUAGAUGAAGUAUUACGCAGCGUGUCAAACUCUGUCAUGUCAGGAAUGUUUACUUUUUUAAAAGAUAUGUGUAUACGUAUAUGUAAGGCUUACAUAUUUUAGUUUCUGCAGUGUAUAAGAAUGGACAUGGCUUCUUCUGCAUUGGUAUAGACAUUAUGAAGGUGCCUUCUGUUGUAGGACUAGGACCUACCAUAAGCUUGUUAAUGUACUGCUUGUGCUUCCAUUUGUACAUUAAAUAAAUAAUA